AUGAAAAGUGAAUUCAAAUACGGCGGUUGUAAGGGUAACGAUAAUAAUUUCGAAACCCUUCAAGAAUGUCAACAAACAUGCAACAAGAAUGUGUGUCAGCUUGAAAAGGACCCUGGACCUUGUGAAGCUUUAUUCCCCCGUUGGUGGUACGACAAGGGUCAAUGCAAGGAAUUUGACUAUGGUGGCUGUAAAGGUAAUGGAAAUAAUUUCAAGACUAAGAAGGAAUGUCAGGAGAGAUGCCAAGUUUACCCUUCCAAAAAGAAAUAAUUACCUAAUCAAAUUCA